AUGAAUGCUAAAGAACGUGCACGUAAUAGAUGGAAAUUAUUGGCAAAUACAGUCAGUAAAAAAUGUCAAGACCAGAUAUUUGCUUCACAAAUAAGCUAUGAUCUCUUUAAUAUCGAAUGCAUCAAUACAGAGUGGUCUAAAUAUUCUUCAUGUGUUCAAAACAAUAAUUUCUCAGCAAUUGUAUGUCGAUCUCCUAUAAUUGUUACGCCUGAGGAACUUAUGGGCUUUAACAAUACGGGGAAUGUCCGUAUAUGGCCAUCUGAAGAAGUAUUAGCUUACUAUGUACUAUCAAAUCUGGAUUCAUUCAGAGAUAAGACUGUACUCGAGCUGGGCGGUGGUAUGAGCUGUUUGGCUGGUAUAAUGGCUGCUCUGUAUGGUUUUUGUAGUGAUGUUCAUUUGACUGAUGGAAAUCCGAAUUCUGUAUACAACGUUGAGCGUAUACUUGAGAAAAAUGUGUUCACAACCAAAGUAACUUGUUCGGUGUUGAAAUGGGACCAAAGACCUGCAAACAUUUGUCAUUACGAUGUUGUACUAGCCGCUGAUUGCCUGUUUUUUGAUGAAGCCCGUGACGAUUUGGUGCAUACUAUUGCAGCAUCAUUGUCAUUUGGUGGAGUUGCAUUGGUUGCAGCACCAAAACGAGGGACUACUUUGUACGAGUUCAUAAAAAUGGCACAGCAAGAGGGUUUGAUAUGCACCGUACAACAAAACUACAAUACUCUGGUAUGGGAACGUCAUUCUAAACAGGUUCUCUACAAUCCAUCAUAUGAUGCUGAUUCGCAUUAUCCAUUGUUGAUAAGUAUUACCAAAGCGACCAAAAUUAUUGAUUGCCAAUUUCAAUAA